AUGCAGACGAGUGGAGGAUGCCCUGAGCAUGUCUACCCCGGGCACAGGUCCCGUCCCCAGAUGCCCCCGAGGUUGCUGGGCUGGCUCCUCCUGCAGCUCUUACCUUUGCAGGGAGGCUGGGGCACUGUGGGGCCACUGUGUGUAGGAGUCCAGGAACUGCUGUUCCAGCAUGUUCUCUUUGAAGAUCCCCCGUGGGGGCUUCCUCAUCUCCCUCUGCAGGACCCAGCUCUGGCCUCCAACCCCCCAAAGGCAGCAGGGGGCACCCCUAGUCCACCACCAGCUGCAGAGAGAGGUGGGGGCGGCCCCGCCCUCCCCAGUCCCGGGCUCCUGGGAACAGAGUGA